UUCUUCCUUUAAACUCAGUAACAAGAGUGGAAAUCUUAAGUGGGAAUCAACAGACAGUUACAUGUUUAUCAUCCUUGUUGUCCUUAACUUAAAUUACUAGGUUAUUCUCUGUUUUAUAAACAAGCACUCUUGUUUUCCAGCUUCACACCUAUCCCACAAGAGAGAGUGUCCAAAAGAGAAAAAGAAUCAUGUUGGAAAACGUCACCAAUUUUGCUAUUUGGAUGGUGGUGGGUUUUGUUGCUAUUUUGACCAUAUUUUGCAAUCUCUACAUCCUCCUGAUGAACCUUGGCUCGUAUCACAAGAACCAUCACUUCCAGCCUUCUGAGAUCAUCAUCACUGUCCUCUCGGUGACAAACAUUGUCUAUCAGAUCCUUACCUAUCUCUGGAUGACAAUGGACCUGCUCAGUGUUACCUGCCUCAUUGAUUGCCUCUUCAACACCCUUAUUAUGCUGUUAAUCAACAGUCUGAGAUGCACACUGGUGUGGACCACUGCUUUCUUGUCUUUCUUCUACAGCACCAAGCUGGUGAUCGAACCCAUCCACUGCUAUACCAAGAUCCAGGAAGGCAUCCUGAAGCAUGCUCCCACUGUUCUUCUGGUCAUCGUGUUCUUUAGCUUUGCCAGCUGCUUCCCUGCCAUGUUGGUAUUGUCCCGCAACAACCAAACAGGUUCAUAUGACUGUAGUACUAUGAUCUCCAACGAGACCCCUGGAUUAAUCUAUGUGGGGUUCUACACUGCCAUUUCUGUCAUCAUCCCUGGCUUGAUCAUGAUGAAGUCCAGCAUUUCCAUUACGGUUCACUUGGCUAUCCACAUGUAUCAUAUGAAGGCCAACACAAACGGCUUCCAUGGGCCCAAGCUGGGCUCUGAGAUGAGGGUUAUACGGAUGAUAAUGGCCCUAGUGGUAGUCUACUUAUUCUUUCUCAUAGCUGAUUUGGUCGUGCUCUACAGAAGCACCAUCAAUAGGGACAACCUAUCUUACACUACUGGCCUGGUUUCAUCCAUCUACACGUCCACUAGCUCUUUCAUUCUCAUCUACGGCAAGAAGGCCCACUGGAAGGAGCUCAUCCUCAUAUACAACCAGUUUGUAGGUGAAUACCCUUGUAUUCGCUGCAUGAGGUGCCCAGAAAAGAAGGUGUCUCCACCACACUAAAAUGCACAUAAUUUUGCCUUAGCACAGUAUGACAAUUUAGACAUCCAUAAAAGAAACCAACACCAGUGGGACUGAAAAAUGUAAUCAAACAAGAAAAUAUUUACGUAUUAAUUAAAAACAUGUUUUUAAAAAAAAUAUAUUAAAAAAAAAGCUGGAUUGCUUUUAUUUCACUUGGGAUAAAUCGAAGUUUUUACAAAUCAUAUUUGGUUGGUGGUUUCAAUUAUUAUGUUGGUGGAAUAAAAUACCUCUGAUGUGACACAGUUAUGAAAUGUCAUUUCUGUUCCAAUGCUAGCGCUGGCUACGGCUGUGAUACAGCCAGAGUGAAUUUAAAACAAUCUGCGUGUAACUUGUUUCUCUACAAUGAGUUUUCUUUUGAUUAGGAGCUGUGUUACUGUCUUGCAUUUCAUAAAAUUAGCUUUGAAGUAACAUCUGAUUAUUUUCUGCAUUUUGUUUUGUUGAUGUGACAGUACAAGUCAAUGACAUUUAAUAGAGAAAAGUGUAAGGUACUGCACGCAAGCAAUAAAAAUGUCCAUCAUAAAUACCAUAUGGGAGAUACUGAAAUUGAAGAAGGAAUCUGUGAAUCUAGGAGUUUAUAUUGACUCAGAUGUCUUCAUCUAGAUAAUGUGGGGAAGCUAUAAAAAGGUCAACAAGAUGCUCGGAUAUAUAGUUAAAAGUGUUCAAUUUAAAUCAAGGGAAGUAAUGUUAAAACUUUACAGUGCAUUAGUAAGACCUCACCUAGAAUAUUAUGUUCAGUUCUGGUCACCUCGCUACAAAAAGGAUAUUGCUGUUCUAGAAAGAGUGCAAAGAAGGGCAACCAGAAUUAUCCCGGGUUUAAAAGGCAUGUUAUAUGCAGACAGGUUAAAAGAAUUGAAUCUGUUCAGUCUUGAACAAAGAAGACUAUGU